AUUUGGUUAGUUUUAAUGUUAACCCAAUUUAACAGAAAUAUAGAACUCCAAAACCUAGAGAGAGAGAGAGGGAGAGAGAGACACGAGGGACGAUGCAUUCGUUCGGUUACAGGGCGAACGCGGUGGUGACGUUCGGCGUCGCUAUACUGGCGGUGAUGUGCGCCAUGGCCUCCCUCUCUGUCAAUUUCAACUCUCCUUCGCCCACCGCCGACGUCAAGGUUCUUAAUGUGAAUUGGUUCCAAAAGCAACCAAAUGGGAAUGAUGAGGUCAGCUUAACAAUGAACAUAUCAGCAGAUCUUUCAUCUCUUUUCACCUGGAAUACUAAACAGGUGUUUGUUUUUGUAGCGGCUGAGUAUGAGACACCACAGAAUGCCUUUAAUCAGGUUUCACUUUGGGACGGAAUCAUACAAUCUAAAGAACAGGCCAAAUUCUGGAUUCAUACCACAAACAAGUAUCGAUUUACUGACCAGGGCAACAACCUUAAAGGAAAGGAUUACAACUUGACACUCCAUUGGCAUAUCAUGCCCAAGACUGGCAAGAUGUUUGCCGACAAACUAGUCAUGACUAGAUACAGUCUUCCUGAGGAUUAUAAAUAGUUAGCUCUUCCAACUGUUUGAGAAAUAGAUACCAUGUUGUAUGAUUCUAGCAGCAAGAUUUUGCAGAAAGAUAGCAAUUUAUGGUUUUUCUCUCCUUUGUCCUCUUAUGGUGGCUUUUGGGUGAAGAGCAACAAACACUAGCUAAAGCUUCUUAGCUGUUAGUGCGGGAUUCGUUUCCAAAGCCCUUCUUUGUAUGAUACAAUCGCUUUUUGGACUAUAGAUUUUAGUUUGAAGCCA